AAAUCCAACGACGCCGUUUUGGUGUGUAAAGAAAAUUAAAAAUCCCAGAUAUCUUGCAAGUUGCAAAUGAAGAGUUGAGAGAAUCGGGAAAUGGCAGGGAAGAUGAGGGGCGAAGCCAGCAGCAGUGGCAGCGAUAGAGGAGACAGCGUGGUGGUUGAUUGCGGCAGGCGUAGAAGUUCGUGCGGCUAUUGCAGAUCCGUUGGUCGCAACAGCAUCUCUCACGGUUUAUGGGCGCAUAGUAUUAAAGUUGACGACUACCAAGUUUUCCUCCUUGCAGCCAAAGUGUGUGUUACUUGGGCUUUAUGGUUUGUCUUACUUGAUGUUGUCAUCUUGACACAUCACAGUGCUUACCCAAUGCAUUGGACCAACAAUUAUCUACUAGAUCAGGGUUGGAGAAGAUCUGGCUCUUUCCUCUACAAGCCUGAGAUGGAAAGGACCUGCUGCCCAUCUUAUACUAUUCGUCUAAGGUCAAAUGAUUUUGUUCCUUCAAAAGAGCAGCUUCGAGUGUCUAAGCGAAUGGAAAGGUUUCUAGACGGGACGUUGGAUGUGAAAAGGGAAUUUGAGUCUAUAGAUAAUGCGAAGACAUUUAAUAGUUCCUGUAACUCUGCUCAUUAUAAAGUUUCAAACUUGAAAGCAAGGGGAUCUUCAUUAGGUGAUGCUGAAAAGAAUAACAAGGAAGAAGCAAUCAUGCAAUAUUUGUCAGACGAAAUCAACAAAGGGGCACAUACAUGCAUGGAAAGUUGGGAUUUUCCAAAGGAUAUUGAAUUAGUAAAAGCUUCCGUCAAAAAGGUUUCUCCAGCCAAAAGGAAGCUACAAGUUGAAGGAUCAGAAAUUCUCAUGUAUUCCAGUAACAUUGCAUUUCAAUUGGCAGCCACUUUAAGGAAGGCAAAAUCAGCUAAAAAAGAUGUCAAUAAGCUAGAAUUGUCAAGAAAUGAUGCAGAAGAUAUUGGUUUGUCCCCCAAAAGUAUGGCAGAAAAGUUGUCUGAUUCUUUAAAGACGGUCGGAGAAAAUUUUGGUCUAUCAAUCAAGGCUUGCAAUGGACACAUCAACUUUUAUUCUUCUGCAGAAGAAGCUUCUUCAGAUGAAAGUGCUGUAGUUGCUCCUGCCCCCAAAAGAUCUGCCAUAGGGUGUAAAAGUCAAGGAUGCUGCUCAAAAAGUACUGCUGAACAUCCCCAGCAGAAAAGGCGAAAGCUUGAAAUACGUAUGAAGAAGUCCUGUUUUGAUCCAGAAGAGUUUGCACUCUAUAGACGAUAUCAGAUGAAAGUGCAUAAUGAUACCCCGGAUCAUGUCUCAGAGAGCUCCUAUAGGAGGUUUCUGGUUGAUACGCCCUUGGUAUUUGUUCCACCAUCAGGUCAUGGCACAGUUCCUCCUUGUGGCUUUGGGUCUUUCCAUCAGCAAUAUGUAAUUGAUGGCCAGCUAGUUGCUGUUGGUGUGAUAGAUAUCCUUCCUAAGUGUUUGUCAAGUAAGUAUUUAUUUUGGGACCCCGACUUUGCCUUUCUGUCACCAGGAAAAUAUUCAGCUCUGCAGGAAAUCAGAUGGGUAAAAGAGAAUCAGUUCCACUGCCCUAGUCUUCAAUAUUAUUAUCUUGGGUAUUACAUUCACUCCUGCAGCAAAAUGAGGUAUAAAGCUGCAUACCGGCCUUCAGAGCUUCUCUGCCCUCUUCGUUACCAAUGGGUUCCAUUCAAUAUUGCUAGGCCUGUGCUUGAUAUAAAGCCUUAUGUUAUCUUAUCAGACUCUACCAACUCAGGGAACAGCGAGUCCACACCAACCCCUGCAUCUGAGAAUGAUUUGGAUUCACAACAUGAUAAUGUCGGAGACAAUUCAGAUGACGUUUUUGUAGAUGAUGAUGAAGAAAUGAUUGACCCUAAAUUCGGAAGCUCUGAUGAUGAAUCGGGCUCGGAAACCAGUUAUCUUCCAUCGAUUGAAAUCGUAGAUGGCGAUGUCAGUAAUAUUUUAAUUGGGUUAAAAGGAUCUCGCUUGAGAUACAAGGAUCUACAGCGUGCGUUUGGUCCAACAGAGGGAGCUUACUUGGAAUCCCAGCUGCAUGAAUAUAAGAAAGUUGUGGGUGCAGAGCUAUCUGAGCGAAUGGUGUAUUCUCUUGGGUGAUAUAAUUAUUUCGGGACCCGGAUUUCGUAAUAAACACCAGAGGAGCGUGUUCCAAUGGUUUGUGAUGGAUUCCUACCGGAGCAACUCCUGAUGGAAGCCGUUGCCCAUCUCUGAUCUUUCUUCAGCUGGGAUGAUUUCUUUUGGAUUCAAGUUCCAAAUAUUGUUUCACUUGUACAGAUUUUCAAGUCCUGGUUCGUCUUGCAUUCAUCCGAAUAAAGCUGUUCAAUGGUAUUCUCUCAAAACUUGGGGGGUCUGUUUGAAUCUUGUGUUCUUUCUUCUUAAUUUAAAAACUGUAGUUAUACUUGUGCUUCAUUCAAGAAAUAUCUUGUUUGUGGAAUCUGUCAUGGUGAACUGAUUAUCCUUCCCUUUACCUUUA